GUUUUAAUCGAGUGCUCAUCGGAGGUUAUAAAAUAAAAUACUUAAAACUCAUCUACGCGUUGACUUUUAUUUGCUAUGCCGGUUUUUUAUGUACAUCCAAAAAAAUUACGAAAUAUAAAACGGAAGAUUUUUCUCCAGAUUUCGAUAUUUAACCGAAGAGAAAAAGCUAUAAAAAACAAAUAAAAAAAUAAACUCCUUUACUCGUAAGCGCAUUAGAAAGGAAAAUAAAUUAGAUUUUGAAAGCUUAGAAAUCUUGCUUAAAGCAUUCCCAAUAAAAUCACUUUUUCCACACCACAUAACACGAAGGUCGAGCGUUAUGAAAGUCGAAGAGCCAUUGAAGAAUGAAAUUCACACCUUUUGAUCUAAAAAUACUUUGUAUAACGACCGCAGAUUGGAUACAUUAAAAGCAAGGUUCAUUAAAGGGAAUAAAAUUAUUUCAAUUUGUCAUUGUCCUUCCAUUUCUCUUCUUUCAAGACUUCGUCUGCUCUAAUGGAAUUUACGGAUAUAGAAUCUAUGAAUGAGAGCUUCUCAACACUGUCAACAUUUGAGAAUGAAUCAACGAAUGGCACUAAUUGGCUAUCAACUUCUACGGAAGAUAUAGGAAAAGGAUUUGUAAGUGCCUUCCUUAUGACGGCUGUUUCUGAAAUUGGCGACAAAACUUUCUUUAUUGCAGUUGUUUUGUCACUUUCCCACUUAGCCAAAUUUGUUUUCGCUGGAGCUAUAUCGGCACUGAUUUUGAUGACAGCAUUAUCAGUUGGACUGGGAAUGGCAUUUUCAAAAAUUCCCUCUGUAUGGGUUCAUGGACUUUCUACACUCCUCUUUUUAAUAUUUGGGGGCAAAAUGUUGAGGGAAGGAUGCAAAAUGAAUAGUUCUUCAGGGAAGGAGGAAUUAGAAGAAGUGCAGCGAACAGUUGACAUUAAAAUGUCAAGUAAGGUCAAAGAAAAAGACGUGGAAGCCGGCAUUCGCAAAUCAUCUACAAGAUGGGUAUUUGUGGAAGCAUUUAUAAUGACUUUCUUAGCCGAAUGGGGAGACAGAUCACAAAUAGCUACAGUUGUUUUAGCCGCAAAGGAAAGUGUGAUCGGUGUUUUAUUUGGGGCAAUUGUGGCUCACGCAGCUUGUACUCUGGCAGCUGUGAUUGGUGGAAAAGUAAUAUCGGAUCGUAUAUCUCUUAGAGCAGUGACGAUAUUUGGAGGACUGCUGUUCUUCGCCUUUGCUAUAAAUUCGUUUGUAGAAGUCUUUGCAGAUAUUUCUUUGGCAUCUUCUUGAUCCAGACUGGACUGAAUAGUUUGUUUCAUAGACAUGUGAUCUGGACUGAAUACAUAUGUCUCCAUCCUCAUCUUCUGGAUCCAGACUGAAAUGACUAGCUUAGUUUACGAAUGAACUAAACCGAAUGCAUAUCUACCUUCAUCUUUCAGAUCCUCUUCUUGAUCCAGACUGAAAUGACUAGCUUAGUUUACGAAUGUAACACUCUUGAACUAAACCGAACGCAUAUCUACCUUCAUCUUCCAGAUCCUCUUAUUGAUCCAGACUGAAAUGACUAGCUUAGUUUAUGAAUGUAACACUCUUGAACUAAACCGAACGCAUAUCUACCUUCAUCUUCCUGAUCCUCUUCUUGAUCUAGUAGACUGAAAGACUACAAUAAUAUGUUUAACAAUUGUGGAAAUAUCUUAGAAUAUAAAUAAUUUUCUUUUCUAUGUUUUUAAAAGCAGAAUUUUUGGCACAGAAAGAAACAGUACUGAAAUAUUACCGCCAGAGCACUAACUGAGCGUAACUGUAAAGUAGAUUUUUGUCUUUUUAAUUAGAAGAGAGUUAUCAUCUCAAUUGUUUUGUGCAGGAACUUAUCACCAUCAAUCAUAAUUUAAAUAACCUAAUUCAAAUGUUCCACUUUAAAUUUAAUGAUAUUAGUGGCGAAAAGCAUCCGCCUAUCCACCUAAAAAAGUGGAUCUGACCGGUGGUUCUGUUAUGGUGUGAGACUGUUUUUCAUGAUCCCUUAGUUUCUGUGGUUAGAAGCAUGAGCUGAGAUGUAUGUGGAGCUCUCUCAGCUCCAUGGCAAUAUUUUGAGAAAGGCCCAUGUGGAGGUACAAUUUUUGAGCGAAAUAACUGGACACGCCAUUUUUAUUAAAAUUUAUUUAAUAAGCAUUUUUGAAUAAUAAUAAAUAAAG